AUGGUCCGGCCGCUAAAGGAGCUGCAGGUCACGGAGCGCCUGAUCCCGGCCUGGGGAAACUUCCCCAACACCUCGAUCCAGGAGAAGCCGCUGCUCAUCUACCAGUCUGUCUUCGACUCUGCCUCGCCCGACGCCGUCAGAGAGCAUCUGGAGGCCGUUGGCGCCGUCGUCCCGCAGUGGACGUACUCGAUGUACCCUGCAAACCACUUCCACUCGAACACGCAUGAAGUGCUCAGCGUGGUGGCCGGACAGGCGAGGCUCUGCUUCGGCCACGAGGAGAACCCAGACAGAUUCGAGACCACCGUGUCGAAGGGAGAUGUUAUCGUGGUGCCGGCUGGAGUGACCCACUGCUUGCUCGCAGACACACAGGGCGACUUUGCGAUGAUAGGGGCGUAUCCGCCGGGGAAGCAGUGGGAUCUGUGCUAUGGGGAGGAGGAGGUCGACAAGCAGGCGCCGGUGAUACGGUCUGUUGGCUGGUUCGAUCGGGACCCCAUAUACGGCGACUCGGGCCCAGUUCUUGCUGUUUAA